UAGCUUGGAACAUGCUGGUUUCCGAGUCUUAGCCACGCGCUCUAUUAAAAGGCUAGCAAGCGUGUAACGCGGCAGCCUUCACCGUUUGACUACGGAAAUUUCCUGAAUGGAUCUUGCAUCAUGCUGCACAUAACCUUCGGCUAAGUUUGUUUGCCUGGUGGAAGGCUAAUACUUGCCGAAGCGGAGCCCUGGCUGUUCAGUGAUCGGUAACACUACCCACAUCUACGUGUACUACACUCACAGUAGAGCCUCCGCGUUGUUGUAGUUGACUCACAUAUACGGCCAUAAAGUAGGCCUACUUAUACCCUACUAUACGAAAAUGGAGGUUAACUCGAAGGAGACCGAGGCGAUGACUGGCUCCGAACAGGAGAAAAUAGACCCGAAGGACGUGCCAUGGUGGACGUCUAGUCGCUUGGGGCUCGCUGUGAUCGGUUUUUUUGGAUUCAUCAAUGUGUACGCGUUGCGUGUGAACAUGAGCGUGGCGAUCGUAUGUAUGGUCAAUGGGACGGCGCUGGAAUUGCUGAAUCCAGACAACAAAACUAACGUCACCGAUGAGAUUGAUAGCGGCUGUUUGAGCCGCAAGUCAGGGACAGCCGGGAAUUUAAAGGAUGGCGAGUUUUUGUGGAACAAAACCACCCAGGGACUAGUUCUGGGCUCGUUUUUCUGGGGCUACCUUGUCACGCAGAUCCCUGGGGGAUGGGUGGCCACCCGAAUUGGCGGGAAGCGGGUGUUUGGCUGGACAAUGUUCGCCGCUGCCAUCCUCACCCUACUGACACCUAUCGCUGCUCAGACGAGUUACAUCUUCCUCAUUGUCAUCAGAAUCCUAUUAGGUCUGGCCACGGGCGUGGCUUUCCCCGCUAUGCACGCCAUAUGGGGUCAUUGGUCGCCAGUCAUGGAGCGCAGCAAACUGACCUCCUUCACUUACGCUGGUGCUCAGAUUGGUAACGUGAUCACGUUUCCUCUGGCCGGAAUGCUCUGUCAGUAUGGGUUCGCUGGGGGCUGGCCGUCUAUAUUUUACGUCCUGGGAGCCGGCACCAUUGUCUGGUUCAUCGCCUGGAUGCUUCUAGUCACCGACUACCCGCAGGACCAUAAGAGAAUCUCGGACAUCGAGCGUAGAUACAUUCUUCAGGGAUUGAAAGACUCUGUCCAGACUCAUAAAAAACACAAGGUGCCUUGGGUGCGGAUGUUCACGUCACUUCCGGUUUGGGCGAUCGUUGUUUCUAACACGUGCUCCGACUGGGGUAACUACACGCUGCUGACCGGCAUACCGACAUAUAUGAAUGAAGUCCUGAAAUUCGAUAUCACAUCGAACGGGUUGUAUUCGGCGCUUCCAUACAUCGGCUUUUGGCUAGGUAUUAAUGUAUCUGGUUAUCUGGCUGACCUGGUCCGAACGCGUGGAAUUCUCUCAACAACGUGGACAAGAAAACUUUGGGAUGCCUUUGGUAAGGUCAUCCCUGCCAUCAUGCUCAUCGCUUUGGGGUAUCUGGAAUGUACCCAGUCAGCAACUGCAGUCGGCCUCCUCGUCCUGGCUGUGGCCCUGACCGCCCCUAUCUUCAGCGGUUACACCGUCAACCACGUGGACAUUGCCCCUGCUUACGCGGGUGUCCUGUUCGGAAUCUCCAACUCGGUGGCCGCUUUGACCGGAUUUGUCUCGCCUGUCGUGACCGGCAUUCUCACACCAGAUCAAACCCGUGAGCAGUGGCUAUCUGUAUUUUACAUCAGUGCAGCCAUCUAUAUCGUGGGUGCCAUUUUCUACCUGCUUUUUGCCUCCGGAGAGCUUCAGGAAUGGGCAAGGGACAAAGAUUCACCCGAAGUGGAGGAAAUGAUUGACAAAGAUGGCGUAGAACUCGUAGACAUGAAGAGACAAGUAGUCGCUUGAUUCAGUCGUAUUGCUAAAAGAGAUAAAAACGUUGUUAAGAAUUGUAUACGGUGACAAGCAAAAUGAUCCUAGCCGUAGCUGGUAGAAAACCAACCAAAGAGUUACACGAGUGCCGUCUGCACUAGUUACCACUGGUGGAUGCAAGUCGCUGGCGAUAUCAAGGAGCAGACUAGAAGACAGGAAGUUGAAAACUCCCGGUUUAAUGUGAACUUUUUGUGGGACAUUUGGCUCACGUUCCACUUUGAGGAGCCUAGUCAUGGAGUUGGGGACAAAGUAGACAUCUGAAGCGUGUGCUGUGGAGUUAACAUUGAAUUGCUAAGCCACAUAUGUUGAUACAGGGUUAAGACAAGUACUUUUUAGCUGAGAAUGAUGUUUAUUUUUAGCUGGAUAAAAUAAACAGCGAAUUGUUGCGAAGCAAACAUUAAUACAUGUAGACCGUUUAUUUUUAGCUAGAUACAAAAAAGAGAAGCUUGGGGCAAAUUUGAUAAGAAUGUGACCGUCUUUAACACAUAUCGUCGAAAUAACUUGUUACAUGGAUGUCUGUAAAGAUCUCGAUGGCUACAGUUUAUCAGCAAUGAGCCAUUUGCAUGAGGCAGCGUUGUAUACUGUUCAGCAUUCAGGGAUAUUCCCACGGAAUAUUGUACGACGGGUUGGAGUGUAUAUACAACAUGAAAGUUUUCAUAAGAAACAAGAAAUGAACAAUUUAUAUAAGGCUGUGAAUAAGACAGGAUACUUUGAAGGGUAUGUAGUGUACAUACAAAAUGUACAAUUUCAUGCAAAUGUAUAAAAGCUUUCAAAUGAAAAUGAAAAAUGAGCCAUUUAAACGACCCCUAUAUAAGGUUGUGUUUAAAAAUAGUUAGCUUUCUGGACUACUGAGAUUAAGAAACUGAUAUUUGGCCCAUGCUUUAGCUGUCGUACGAAGGCCGUAUCAGGGUUUUGAAGCGUCAAUCUUUAGGCCUAUAAAUGAAGAAUACUAGCCGGCUUGCCGGUCCAUUGCUAGAUCACAACCAAGCAUUGGAACUAGACUGUUACAAGUACCAGGUUGUAUGGUCGCAGAUAGCCAGUACAUGCUUGCAUCAUCUACAAAAAUGUCCCAAAACUUUGUAUACGGUCAGCUCCCCCCCCCCCCCCUCCACCCUUCCAAAUUUUAUCCAAUACCACUACAGGCCAACCACCGUUCCCCUCAUCUCGAAUCUCCAAGUCUAUAUGUGCCUUAGCAACAAAACCACAGAACAUCCUCCCAAAUUAAACUUCAGGGAAAUCUUUGGUUGAAUACAAAAGGGAAAUUGAAGCAGGGAAUUUGGCCGCAGGCAUCAGUUCACCACAUUGCAUUAAAAUCGUCUAUUUUGUUCUGUUUUUCUGUUUUUAGCUCGCCUGCACGAAGUAAGUAUUGUGAG